AUGCCUUAUCAUUUCAAUAUUCUUCUUCUUCUUCUUUUCCUGACAUUCGCGAGAUUCUCGUUUCAAGCCGAAUGUUCCAAUCAAAAUGUGACAUUGAAAGCCACAGAAAAGUUCAAAAUUCAAUAUGAUCCUAACGAUUUAACCCCAAAAACGUGUCGAUAUAUGUUCAGUGUGCCGAAAUACUAUAUACCUGAAAUAAUAGUGAGUGAGCACAUUCUAAAUGGCGAUGAUCGAAUUACAAUCGAGCAGUAUACGAAUUAUGGUGGAAAAAUAAUUCAAACAUUGAAUGCGAAUUCAUUAAACAAAACUGUACUCUGGGAUCUCUACCCAAGUGAUUUUUCGUUGGAACUCAAUUUGUUAAAUCGUUCACCAGCCGAAAAAUUCGCCAUUUCCAUCGAACUUUAUGACAAAACUCCCGAUUUUCAAAAUUUGAGCACUUUUCAAGUGCUCCCUGACAAUGUCUUUCUGUUUGAUUCGAUUGACAUCAACGGUGAUAAAGUAUACCAGCAAAACAAUGCGUUGUCCGAUUAUGCAAUUCGAAUCACCUUAUUCGGCGAGUUUCGCGCUGUCGAAAUACUCUUGAAGAACAUUCAUAUCUACGAUGAGGGCAAUUUUAUGGGAAGUUUGGCUGGAAUUUACUUGGCGGGAUUAUCUUCAAAAAUCUGCAAAGCGAGAAAUAUAACAAUUGUGAAUACAAAUAAGAACAAUGGUGGAUCAUUCACAGUGCUCAUUUCUCCCAAAUAUGGUUUUCCGGGAAGUGUUAAUGUGAUAGCAGCAAUAUCUGGAGAUCAAACGCUUUCUGCGACAAAUGGUCCCGUCGUUUUUCACGAGAUCACCAGCAUGUUUGCGGGAUUCAAGAUUCCCAAAAGGCUCACAAACAUCACGAUUAGGGGCAACGAGCAAUUAAAUGUUUUUGCUGGAUGUGUGACGACGCCUUUAGAAGAUCGCCGAAUAGCCACCAUUGAACCAGACGAUGCAUCCAAUUACAACGACUUGACCAUUUAUGGAAGAUGCCGCACAUUUGUGCUCAAAUCAGGAGUUGUCACUAGAACCAGUUUUAAUAGUCCUCCUGGCCAAAAAGGUGUCAUUAUGUCAGCAACAUUUCCCGAUUCUGGAUGGUCCCAACAUUUCAAUUAUCUCAUUCAAGCUGAACCAAAGACUUUAAUUUUUGUGGAUUAUGAGGUUGCAUAUAUGGGGCCUGAAGUGACGCUGAACAUCAUUAGAUACAUCAAGGCAGAAAACACUCAAAAGUUCAGGUUCGGUCCGGACGAACCAAUGCCGGCGUUUUUAAGUGUUGCAGAUUCGUAUCAACAAAUGAUUGAUUGCAAUGUUCCGAAAGAGACGAAUGGUGUGCUGAUAAGAUAUACAGUUAAGAAAUCGCAGCGAGGUGCAAUGUUCAUCAUUCCAUUUCUUAUUGUUUUAUUAUCAUUCAACAAUUAG